GGAUCGGUCCCAUCACCGCUCGCUUCUCCUUCGCCCGCCAACGCAAUAAAACCCUAAACCCUAACCCUAACUCUCUCGUCUCAUCCUCUCUCUCCUCAGCUUCGGUGAUGAAGUACCAAAAUCGAAAGAAACCUAACAAAUCAAAGAGAAACCCCAAGUUCUCCAACGGCGAUCCCUCCUUCGAGCCUGAUCUGAAGCGACAACGUCAUCGGCGGCGAGAAAGCAACGACGAGGACCUCGAGAGCCUGCCAAGCGACGAAGAAGAUCAAGUUGAGGGUGGAGAUCAGGAGAAGGAGGAGGAGAACGUUGAGACUGCAGCUGAGGUUAAGUAUCGGAUUGCGAGCGAGUAUUUGGAGAAGAUCCGAGCAGCGGCUAAGAAAGCGGCGGAGGAGGAGGAUGAAGGGGAUGAUAGAGAGGAGGUUGAGGGGAGGAGGGAUUCUUUGGUUGCUGAGAUUUUGGAGAAGAGUCAGUUGGAGGAGAGCGGUCGAGCUCGGCGAUUGCUGGCUUCGAGAGUUCUAAAACCUGAACCUGUAGAUGAGUUCCGUGUCCUUGUGAAGCACCGGAUGUCUGUUACUUCAGUUGCAUUGUCUGAAGAUGAUAGUAGGGGUUUCUCAGCUUCAAAGGAUGGAACCAUUAUGCACUGGGACGUAGAAAGCGGUAAAACUGAGAAAUAUUUGUGGCCCAGUGAGGAUGUAUUGAUGUCACAUCAUGCAAAAGCUCCUCAGAAACCGUCAGCAAAGAGAAGUAAGCAUGUGUUGGCAUUGGCUGUCAGCUCCGAUGGUCGAUAUCUGGCUAGUGGCGGGUUAGAUCGUCAUGUCCACUUAUGGGAUACACGCACGAGGGAACAUAUUCAGGCAUUUCACGGUCACAAGGGACCUGUCUCUUGUCUGACUUUUAGGCAAGGAACUUCGCAACUCUUUUCUGGCUCCUUUGAUCGGCAAAUUAAGUUGUGGAAUGCUGAAGACAGAGCUCAUAUGGACACUCUACAUGGUCAUCAAAGUGAAAUAGUAUCUAUUGAUUGUCUGCACAAAGAAAGGAUUUUGACGGCAGGGCGUGACCGGACUAUCCAACUAUGGAAGGUUGCUGAUGAGAAAAGAUUACUCUACAGAUCUCCAUCAUCUGUUGAAUGCAGCUGUUUCAUUAAUGACAACGAAUUCUUAUCUGGUUCAGAGGAUGGGAGUAUUGAGCUUUGGAGUGUUUUAAGGAAGAAGCCAACACAUAUUCUGAGAAAUGCUCAUGCUCCUCCAUUAUGUGAUCAAUCAUCUAAAGUGGAAAACACACCUAAUGGCGGUAAAACAGAGAAUGGUUCUUGUGGAACUGGAAGUUAUUCUUUGGCACAAUCAUGGGUUAGUUCAGUUACUGUGUGCAGAAGUAGUGAUCUUGCUGCAUCUGGAGCUGCAAAUGGCACGGUUUGUUUAUGGGCUAUUGAAAGUGACAGUAGGAGCAUCCAGCCUUUAUUUACAUAUCCCCAGGUUGGAUAUAUAAAUUCACUUAAAUUUGCGAAAUCAGGACGCUUCCUUCUGGCUGGAGUUGGACAGGAACCUCGUUUGGGUAGAUGGGGUCGGAUAUCAAAUGCACGUAAUGGUGUUGCAAUCCUCCCCAUCAGGUUAAAGGAAGAACGCAGUUCACGCUUUUUGAAAGACUAGAGAUCUGUCAUUUCAGUCAACUUAACAUUUCAAGAAAAUAUGAAGAAUGAAUUCCUCGAGUUUUGGAUGUAGGCGAGGAAUUUCUCCCUUCUUGCACUCACUUCUCCAUCUGGCACCUUCAAGGUCUACAUUCUGUAUGUCUUCUUUGUUAAAAAACAUCCCAUCUGCUGGGUCGGCAUUUUCAUUUAUAUUUAACUUGUAAUUUUCAGGAAAAUGCAUCAUUUUAGGAUGUCAGUUUUGUUUUCGUACGUUGAGGGUUGUACACUAUCUUCUCUAAAUGAAGAUUGAAGAGUAAGAUUAUUAUCAAUAUAUUCGUUUACAUUUUGAGUGAAA